UCGUUGCUUCUUAGAGAGCGUCGCUUUAAGCCAAAACUUGCUUUAUUAUUGAAAUAAAUAAGAACAAAAUGGCAAGCGCAUCAAGAAAACGAGUAUUAAUCGGUUGCACUGGUAGCGUUGCGACUAUUAAACUGCCUCUAUUAGUGGAUAAAUUGUUGAAAAAUAAUUUGGAAGUAAGAGUGGUCGUUACUGAAAAGGCGAAGCAUUUUUUUAAAGAAGCAGAAUUAUCACCAGGAAUUCAAGUUCUAUCUGAUACCGUCGAAUGGGCUGCAUGGCAAGAUCGAGGAGAUCCAGUAUUGCAUAUAGAUCUUGUUAAGUGGGCUGAUCUAUUCUUAAUUGCACCACUUGAUGCUAAUACUCUUGGCAAAAUGGCGAGUGGAAUUUGUGACAAUAUACUUACCUGCGUAGCUCGUGCUUGGGAUCGAUCUAAACCUUUAUUAUUCUGUCCUGCGAUGAAUACCAAAAUGUGGGAACAUCCCAUCACCAGACAACAGCUCUCGUUACUUAAAUCAUGGGGUUACAAAGAAUUACCAUGUGUCUCUAAAACUCUCAUGUGCGGUGAUACAGGAAUGGGUGGAAUGGCAGAAGUCGAUACAAUCGUUGAAGAAUCCUUGGGUUAUCUUUAUCCAUGGAAUUUCAUGCCUCCACGUCGUUGUACAAUUAGGGAGUAAUAGUAGAAAUUAUUAGGUAUUAGAUUUAUUUAUUGUAGUAGCAUCGUUGCACUUCAAUGUCGUCGCUUUUUCUUUUUUUUUUUUAAGUUUUUCGUUCUUGUUAUAUUUCUUUUUUAGCUCAGCAAGUAAAUCGUUAGAUUUCACUUGAUAUAGCACGUCUUUGGAAAUUUUUCAGUUAAUUGUAUUGGGUUGUUCGGAAAGUUUGUGCCGAUUUUCGAUAGAUGGCAUUAAAGUUCUUUUGCUAAAAAACCUGAAA